CAAGUUUUACAUCGAAAAAAAAAAAUAAUUUCACAGUGAGUUGAAAAAUAUUGCGGAAGGAACGAAAAAAAGCAGUUUUGAAUCAAUUUUCCGUUGUCAGAAAAGCACGAAAAAGCAAUAAAGUGUAGCAAAUUUCCAUUUUACAACAACAACAACCAAUGCUAAGAAAACACACAAAAUAAAAGUGAAGCCAUACGAUUCCCACCUUUCUUCGAGAGAAAAGCAGAAAAAAGAACAAAACUCGGCGCUAUUUGGAGUGAAAUGUGCUUGCCAGACACAGUAAAGAACACGAGAUGGGUGCGUUUUUAGAGAAACCAAAGACAGAUAAAUUCAACGAGCACGGCGAAGGCAAUGGCCUGCGUUUUGGCGUGUCGUCGAUGCAGGGCUGGCGCUGCGAAAUGGAAGAUGCGCAUCAUGCGCGCACCAAUUUGGGCGAGGAGCUCGAGGACUGGAACUACUUUGCCGUCUUCGAUGGGCAUGCGGGCGUCAAAGUGUCGAAGCUGUGCGCGCAAAACCUGCUAAAUUGCAUCAUUCAGACGGAGGAGUUCCGCGAAAAGGACAUCAUCAAGGGCAUUCACACGGGAUUCCUGCAGCUGGACGAACGCAUGCGAAACGUGCCCGAAUUGGCGUCGGGCGACGACAAAUCCGGCACCACAGCUGUCUGUACAUUCAUAUCCAAGGAACAAAUUUACAUUGCCAAUUGCGGGGAUUCGCGGGCGGUUUUGUGCCGCAAUGGCGCACCGAUUUUCUCGACGCAGGACCACAAACCCAUCUUGCCGGGCGAGAAGCAACGCAUACAGAAUGCCGGCGGCACCGUGAUGAUUCAACGCGUAAAUGGAAGUUUGGCGGUGUCUCGUGCUCUUGGGGAUUACGACUACAAGAGCUCGAAGGAGUUGGGGCAGUGCGAGCAACUUGUGUCGCCCGAACCGGAGAUUUUUGUGCAAGAUCGACAUGCCGAAGACGAAUUUCUCGUGCUGGCCUGUGAUGGGAUCUGGGAUGUCAUGAGCAAUCAAAAUGUUUGUAGUUUUAUCCACAGUCGACUGAGUGUUACAGAUAAUCUGGAAGAAAUUGCCAAUCAAGUUGUCGACACGUGUUUGCACAAGGGCAGCCGAGAUAAUAUGAGCAUAAUUAUUAUUACAUUCCCUGGUGCGCCAAAGCCAACAUCUGAAGCGAUCGCUGCCGAGGAGGAGCUAGACAAAAAUUUACGCAAAACUAUUAAAGACAUUACGAAUUCAUCCGAAGAUGUUGAUUUUAGAAAUUUAGUACAGAAAUUGAGUGAAGAAGAAAUCAGUGGACUACCGCCAGGGGGAGGAUUGGAGUCAAAACUAAGUUUUGUAGCAAAAGUAUUCGAAGAGCUAUAUCCCGAUCUAGCUGAAACAUGUGAACUUGGUGACUAAAAAAAAAAUAAUCGCAAAAUACUUAAGAGAUAAAAAAAACACAAAAAAAGUAAAGUUACAAAACGAAGCACACACAACCCAACAAUAAAAACAGCAAAAAUUGUCGAAAUUUGGGACACUCGUGAUUUUAAUACAAAAAAAAAAGAUUCUGGAGUCUUCCACGAAUUCUGGAGAUACUAAAAAAAUGUUUUUGUUGUAAAAUGUCCUUUUUUAAAUUAAAAAAAUGCAUGCGGAGCUAAUUAAAUGUUAUCUGUGUCCGAAAUUUAAACAAUUUUUAAAGUGAAUAAAUUUUAAGAAAAAAAAAAUAGUGAUGUUAUCCAUCAACUUUCAUAAAAAAUAUGGUGAAAAAAUACAAAAGUAGCUUUACUGACCGACAUUCUAUACAAUAAACAAAAAAAAAACUGUCAAAAUAUUAAAAAAAAAAGUAGAGCGAUGUCCACUGUUAAAAAAAAGAAACAAACAAACAACUAUUUAUAUACUGUCCCCUUUUUCCGAAUCCUUUUUAUCAUUAAAUUAAACCGACAAUUAUACAUAUUUGAAGGAGAAGAAGAGCGGAAGAAACUUAGAAAGUAUUGAUGAUACAGCGAAAUUUUUUUUGAAACAAAAAAAUAUUUAAAAAGAAACGAUAAAAAAACUAUUUUUAAGAAGACUCACAUCCUGAUGUUUACAAUUUGAUACAUAUUACCUACAAUCCUACAUACUAAAAAAAAAAUUCAAAACUUCUUACCUAUCUUCAGUUUUUAUUUUUUAAUGAGGGAUUUUCCGUUAUUAUUGUCCAAACCACU